AUGCCAGUCACAGCAACUACCCUACCCUUCACAGCGUCUAUCCUGCCUGUCACAGCAUCUACCCUGACAGUCACAGCUCAAAUUGGUUUGUCCUUCCCUUCACAUCUUCUACCCUGCCAGUCACAGCAUCUACCCUCACAGUCACAAUGUCUACUCUCACAGUCAAAGCAUCUACCCUGCCAGUCACAGCAUCUACCCUCACAGUCACAAUGUCUACUCUCACAGUCAAAGCAUCUACCCUGCCAGUCAAAGCAUCUACCCUGCCAGUCACAGACCAGUUUGGUCUAUACUGUUAGUCGCAGCUUCUUCCCUCACAGUCAAAGCAUCUACCUUCAGUUACAGCGUCUACCCUCACAGUCAAAGCGUCUACCCUGCCAGUCACAGACCAGGUGGUUUAAACUGUUAGUCGCAGCGUCCUCACAGUCAAAGCAUCUACCCUCAGUCACAGCGUCUACCCUCACAGUCAAAGGAUCUACCUUCACAGUCACAUCGUCUACCCUCACAGGCAAAGCAUCUACCUUCAGUCACAGCGUCUACCCUCACCGUCAAAGCAUCUACCCUGCCAGUCACAGACCAGUUUGGUCUAUACUGUUAGUUGCAGCGUCUACCCUCACAGUCAAAGCAUCUACCCUCAGUCACAGCGUCUACCCACACAGUAAAAGCAUCUACCCUCACAUUUAAAGCAUCUACCUUCAGUCACAGAGUCUACCCUCGCCGUCAAAGCAUCUACCCUGCCAGUCACAGACCAGUUUGGUCUAAACUGUUAGUUGCAGCGUCUACCCUCACAGUCAAAGCAUCUACCCUCAGUCACAGCGUCUACCCUCACAGUCACAUCGUCUACCGUCACAGUCAAAGCAUCUACCCUCAGUCACAGCGUCUACCCUCACAGUCAAAGCAUCUACCCUCACAGUCACAUCGUCUACCGUCACAGUCAAAGCAUCUACCCUCAGUCACAGCGUCUACCCUCACAGUCAAAGCAUCUACCCUCACAGUCACAUCGUCUACCGUCACAGUCAAAGCAUCUACCCUCAGUCACAGCGUCUACCCUCACAGUCAAAGCAUCUACCCUCACAGUCACAUCGUCUACCGUCACAGUCAAAGCAUCUACCCUCACAGUCACAGCGUCUACCCUCACCAUCAAAGCAUCUACCCUGCUAGUCACAGACCAGUUUGGUCUAAACUGUUAGUCGCAGCGUCUACCCUCACAGUCAAAGCAUCUACCCUCAGUCACAGCGUCUACCCUCACAGUCACAGCGUCUACUCUCACAGUCAAAGCAUCUACCCUCACAGUCAAAGGAUCUACCCUGCCAUCUUAGACUGGUCUAUUCAACCUGAAAGUAGAGCAACUUCUUAUGGGGAAAGAAGUUGUCCACCUAUCAGUUUAUCUUAA